AUGUCUCCGUUGGUCAUCAACGCCUUGGUGUCGGUGCUGUUCAAACCGGAUACAGAGGCCACCGGGGCGGCCGCCGCUGCACUGGAGCGGCGCAGUGAUUGGGAAUUCACUGAGGAGGAGGAAAGGGCCGUCACCAGCAGGGUGUGCGGCGUGGCAAGCCAUUUGACCGAGCUUCGUUUUAUGCUCGCCACUGCAGUGGAACGAACUCCGUCGAUCGCAAAGUACGGCAUGUUCUCGGACUAUGGCAUGAGCGAAAACGUAGAGAACGACCCCUUGGCUCAAAUGAACCAGGCCGAGUGUCUACUGGCGCUGUAUAUUUUGCACAAGGAGAAUGCUGGGGGCGCGGCGGUCGAUUUUUUGGACGCCGAAAGGCUGGAUGUUUUGGCAGGGCUAGACAAACUGGAGUCUACACAUGGUUUGUACUCUUCUUUGUACUGUUGAUUUAGGGUAUGAUGCUCUAGCAAUUUUUGUCUAUCGAGAUCGGAAUUUGGGGUCGAGGGUCGUGCAGUGUUAUUUUUGGCAGUAGGUCUAUCGGUAAAUACUGGAAAGGCCAGUCAGUUUGGUCGCCGCGAGGAAGGUGAACAAUUUUUGCGAUUCAUGGUCAGGAAAUAUUCAAUCAAAGAAAGACUACCCGUUCGAGAUAUAGCCACAGUCGAACGGGGUCUUUUAGCCUUGUGUGUAAUCUGGCGAUUUUGUUCUCUUCGGCGAUGUACGCUGCGUUGGUUUUAAAGGACCCGUUGUAUCGAAUUUCCCUUUGAUUGUUCGAGGUGCUCUUUUUGGAUACUGCUGUACUUUAUAGGUGCGUAAAAACAAUGUUACAUACCUACGUACUUUUUCAUAGAUUUUUGGAGAUGUUCGGGGGGUGGUGGUAGUCUGAUUCCUAUAAAGCAUACGGGCCCCGCGGAGGGGGGCCCUGUUUUCGUCGGGGUAACCUAUCCGCGAGCUAGGAUCCUCUCUUGUGAACCCCGAAGCCAUGGUCACACAAAACGGGUACGUGCGCACAACGAGAGAGCACCUACCCCGCUCAAAGUAUGCGUGAAACGUCACCACGAGUAACGUAGUUACGCACGAUGUUUCUCCAUUGUGAAUCUUGCGUAGAGUGGGCGGGCUCUAAACUCCAAGGAAAGCAAAUAGUCAAAAACCUACCGAUGUGGGAUGGAUUUUGACGGACAUACCAAGUUCGGUCUGUGAUCACGGGAGGCGUCUGCAUCAGUUGAAUCAGUACGGAUGCUGGAGGGUACUGGGCGGAGAUCGGAAAGAUCUUUAUUCUGAAAACAACAAUGCUGUGGUACUU